AAAAGUUUUGUUACUCAUCGCAAUCGUUGAAAUUAUAUUCGCCGCGUGAGAAAGCCGCUGUUGCUAAUUUAAUAAAUAUUUUAUAAACCAUUCACUGUACUACCAUACAAUUAAUUAAAUAUGCAACCGCAAAUUGUACUUUUAAAGGAAGGAACUGACACUUCUCAGGGCAAGCCGCAACUCAUAUCCAACAUCAAUGCUUGUCAAUCCAUCGUGGACGCUGUGCGCACCACCUUGGGACCGCGCGGCAUGGACAAGCUUAUUGUUGAUGCUUCGGGUAAGGCGACAAUUUCAAACGAUGGUGCUACAAUAAUGAAGCUUUUGGACAUUGUGCAUCCCGCGGCUAAAACACUUGUCGACAUAGCGAAAUCCCAAGAUGCUGAGGUUGGUGAUGGUACCACAUCAGUUGUGCUUUUGGCAGGUGAAAUUUUGAAACAAGUCAAACCCUUCGUUGAGGAAGGUGUGCAUGCUCGUAUCAUUAUUAAAGCUAUUCGUAAGGCGCUCCAAUUGUGCAUGUCCAAGAUCAAUGAAAUGGCUGUACAUAUUGAGGCUCAAUCAAAGGAACAGCAACGUGUGUUAUUGGAAAAGUGUGCUGCCACAGCAAUGUCCUCAAAAUUAAUUCACCAGCAGAAGGAUUUCUUCUCAAAAAUGGUUGUAGAAACCGUACUCUCCUUGGAUGAGUUGUUACCAUUGAAUAUGAUUGGUAUCAAAAAGGUUGCUGGUGGAUCAUUAGAGGAAUCCGAACUUGUAGCUGGUGUUGCUUUCAAAAAGACAUUCUCUUAUGCUGGUUUCGAAAUGGCACCGAAAUCGUAUAAAAAUUGCAACAUAGCUCUAUUAAAUAUAGAAUUGGAACUAAAAGCCGAACGCGAUAAUGCCGAAGUGAGGGUGGAUAAUGUUAAAGAGUACCAGAAAAUCGUUGAUGCCGAGUGGCAAAUUUUAUACAAAAAACUUGACAAAAUUCACGCAUCUGGUGCUAAUGUUGUAUUGUCCAAAUUACCAAUUGGUGAUGUUGCUACACAGUAUUUCGCAGAUCGUGACAUGUUCUGUGCAGGUCGUGUACCUGAAGAAGAUUUGAAGCGUACAAUGAAGGCAUGCGGCGGCGCUGUUAUGACCACUGCCAACGAUAUAAACGCCUCUGUAUUGGGUCAUUGUGAAUAUUUUGAGGACCGUCAAAUUGGUGGAGAACGUUUCAACUUCUUCCAAGGUUGUCCUAAUGCCAAAACAUGCACAUUGAUUUUGCGUGGAGGCGCCGAACAAUUCCUUGAGGAAACCGAACGCUCACUACAUGACGCUAUUAUGAUUGUACGCCGUACAAUUAAGCAUGAUUCUGUCGUUGCAGGUGGUGGCGCCAUCGAAAUGGAGCUGUCUAAAAUCCUGCGGGAAUAUUCACGAACGAUCGCUGGAAAGGAGCAACUGCUGAUCGCCGCCAUUGCCAAAGCGCUGGAGAUUAUUCCACGUCAGCUGUGCGACAAUGCUGGUUUUGACGCCACCAACAUUCUGAACAAGCUGCGACAAAAACAUGCUCAAGGCGGUAAGUGGUUUGGCGUCGAUAUCACCAAGGAGCAUAUUGCCGACAAUUUCGACCAGUGCGUAUGGGAGCCUUCGAUUAUCAAGAUCAAUGCUUUAACCGCCGCUGCCGAGGCUGCCUGCAUGAUACUCUCCGUCGAUGAAACUAUUAAAAGCCCCAACGCUGGCAAUCAGCAGAUGCCUAUGGCUGGAGGCAUGGGUCGCGGCAUGGGAAGACCCAUGUAAGCGCAAUAUACUCGCAUUUAAAUAAUUUUAUAACUUCAUCAUAGAAUCACAUCAAAAUUCAUUAACGCCAGGAGCUGAAUUCACAUGCUAACUGUUUCUCCAGUAAAACUUUUAGUUUCUUUAU